AAAAAUCACAAUUAACUUCGCAGUUUUAUCUGGAGAAAGAUAUUUCUGUACUACAGUCAGCGACAUUAAUGUUUUAAAAUGGAUGGCCGAGUGUUUCUCGUACUGCUAUUCGUCUUGAGCGGCACGGUCAACGUUUUAUUCGCCAAAUGGACGAACAUUCAAUCAUUCGAGGGCAGCGAUGGAAAACCGCAUCAUUUCCAACAUCCUGUAGUACUGACCCUGCUCAUGUUUCUGGGCGAGUAUCUGUGCUUUGUAGUGUACAAGAUCGUUCACCUGCUGCUGGCUAGACGCUCUCUUGGCAGUGAUUCGGAUCUUAUUUUGACCAGUGGAAGCAAUGAAUUCCAACCGUUGAGCAUGCUGCUGCCAUCUUUUUUGCGUACAAUUGCUUCCAUUUUGUUGUUUACGGGAUUGUACCUGACGUAUGCCACCAGCUUUCAAAUGAUAAGAGAUGUUGCACUGAUCUUUGUGGGCCUGUUUAGUACGAUGUACUUAAACCAUACAUUGACUACUCACCAUUGGUUGGCCAUAUUCACCAUGACGUGCGGAAUCGUUGAUAUAUUGGCCUUGGAUGUCCAGCGGGUUGAAUAUGAUAACCAAACGGUUCCGCAUACAGAUCACAAUGCCAUUUUAACUGGCGAUUUAUUGAUUAUAAUUGCUGAAGUGUUGCACGGCUUUCAAUACGUGUAUGAGGAAAAACACUUAAAGGCCUCCGAUGUAGCGCCGAUCCAGGCUGCUGGUUGGCAAGGCUUCUUUGGAAUCAUCAUCACAAUCAUAUCUGCGAUCUGCCUGAACUUUGUACCAAGCGUUGCACCGUUUAAUGAGAGCUCACGAGGUGUCUUUGAUGACCUCACUGAUCUGAUUCCACAGCUACGUGGCAACACGCUGCUAAUCCUUGCACUUGUCUGUUUUACCUGCUCUAGCGCCAUAUACAACUGUGUGGGAAUGUCGAUUACGAAAUUUUCAUCCAGCUCCAAUCGUCUGUUCGCCGAUGGAAUUCGAGUCUUUCUUAUCUGGGCGUUUGUUCUCUUUGCCGAGUGGGAAAUUCUGAAUCUCAUUACACUCAUGGGUCUUAUCAUACUACAAAUGGGUAUUAUUAUGUACCGGCAGGCAGUCUUUCUCUCAACGAUACUCAGGUAUCGUGCUCUUUUGGCACGCUUGCAGCGCAUUCGUUAUAUGCUCCUGAACGCCGACGCUGGCCCUACCCCAAGCACCCAACCUGCCGAUGUUAUUUAAAAUGUGAUGGGCGAAGAAGUUUGAAUUGAUUGUGAUAAGAGAGCGGUCUGAUAGUCUAUACAAUGGUGGGAUGGAUCACUAAAAAUUUACUUAUCAACUGUAAUAAUACAAAUAUAUAUACUCUCAAAUUUA